UCUAUAAAAAAGAAAUGGCAAAGAGACGACCUUGUGCUUAUAUGGUCUUGCCAAAUUUUGGAUUCUAAACGCAACCCACUAUUUCCGCUUAAGCUUCCCUUUCAUCCGAUGGCGGCGACGACGAACCUACAUCAAAUCAGCGUCGCAGCACCACCAGUGUUCAUCUCCACCAUCACACUCCACUCCCUCAUCAGUCACAAAUCCCUAAUCGGGCACCUGAAAUCCACCCUCCCGCCGCUCUCGGCCGCCAUCCAAUCCCCCCUCCGCCACGCCCACCAAAUCACCCCCGAUUCAUCCUUCCUCCUCAUGCCCUCCUGGUCCACCUCCCCGCUCCUCCCUUACAUCGGCACCAAGCUCGUCACUCACAACCCCAACAACUCAUCCCAAAACUUGCCCGGAGUCCACGCAAUUUUCGUCAUCUUCCACUCCCUCACCGGCCAGCCGCUCGCCUCCAUGGACGCCACCGCCCUCACCCUCUACCGCACCGCCUGCAUCUCCGCCCUCGCCUCCUCAUAUCUAUCGAGAGAGGACGCCGAGAUUCUCGUCAUGGUCGGCGCCGGAACCCUAGCUCCGCACCUAAUCAAGGCUCAUUUAACCGUCCGAUCCAAAUUGAAAAGAGUGAUAGUGUGGAAUCGAACCCUUGAAAAGGCGAGAAAUCUGGUGGAUCAAUUGAAGGAAGAGAGUGGUUUUGAAGGGGUGUGUUUUGAGGCGAAUGAGAGUUUAACGGCGGCGGUGGGGAUGGGCGAUGUGAUAAGCUGCGCGACGAAUUCGGAGGUGGCGCUGGUGAAGGGGGCGGAGAUGAAGGCGGGGGCGCAUCUGGAUCUGGUGGGGUCGUUCAAGCCGUCGAUGAGGGAGUGCGACGAGGAGGCGGUGAGGAGGGGGAGAGUGUUCGUGGAUAAUGAGAUGGCGGCAGUGGAGGCAGGGGAAUUGGUGAUGAUGAAGGAUGAGAUUGUGGGGGGAUUGGUGGAGCUGAUCAAGGGGGACAAAGUGGGACGGAUGAGUGAGGAUGAGAUUACUGUGUUUAAAUCGGUUGGGUCUGCUGUUGUGGAUUUGCUGAGCGCGCAGAUGGUUUAUGAAAAUUAUAUGGCUAAUUUGAGGCAGAGCAGCCAUUGAUGUUUGGCGUGUGACCUUCGAAUCGAAUGUAAUGUAAUACUGUACUGUGAAAUAAACGCCAUCACUUUGUGGAAUAAAUCAUUACUUGUUUUGUAUGGCCA